GGCAAGACCGACGUUUUUUUUUACUGUUCACUCGCGCAAUUUCAGCAUUUCAUUUGACUUCGUUUAUUUUGAAUCGGGUUUCUUAUCGCUCAUCACAGUGAAUCUUAAUCUCUACACAACUGCGAACUCUCUUUGGCUUAAGCGAAUCUUUGUAUCAAACUUUCAAUUUGUUGUAAUUUUUCAAAAAUUUAAACGGAAUAGUUUUCGAUUUGUAAAAAAGUAAUCAAAGUUUCAAAAAAAAAGUGCUUUUAAUUUUAUGUGAAUCAUAUUUGACAUUGACGUGUCCUAAUUUUAUUCCGUUUUCAACUUUUGAUAAUCAUUAUCAUACGAAACAUGUCCGAAUUGUGGAAUCAAAAAUACGCCCAAGUGACAUAUAAUUGCGUAAAAAGAUUGUAUGUAGAUAAAUUCGAAUUGGGUGUACGAAUAUUAAAUCCGAGCUAUGUUACGGUCAACAACAAUACACCACCAAUUCAAUAUGAUCAGGCGUCUUAUGAAAUCAUGUCAAUUGAGCUCGAUUUGAAAACGGAUGAUCCAAUAUUCAAGUAUUGGUUUGAGGAUUUGAAUAAAAUGAUGCAAUUAUAUGCCGAACAUUUUUAUGCGAAAAUUAACAAAAAAUUCGCGUUCGAACGAAACAUGUAUGCAAAUGGAACUGCCGCACUGACGCCAAUCGAUGCGGAUAUUCAAUGGUUGCUUAUGCUAAAUAUGUGUCAUCAAAGUGCAUUUCGACGAUAUGAAUAUUGCUGGAAAUUGCUGAAAGACGAACCAAGAUGGGAACACAAUAUUCGAAAGCUUAGCACGGAAAUGAUGAAUUCACUCAAACAUUUCAAUAAGUCAUUGAAUUACGUAAUACAAAAGAUUUCUUCUCGUCGUGAUUAUUUCAUUGAGUCGAAUAAAGAUCAAAGCUGGUCGAAUGAGAGCAGUGCUGCUUUUGUCGAAAUGCAAGUGUGGUUCGAUGACAUAAGGGCGGUCAUUUGCGAUACAUGCCAAUUGAUAGAGAACAUGCGAUUGCGCGAUCCAGUAUGCUGCAAUGAUGAAUUUAAACAAAUUAAACACAGCCUUGGAUUGUUGCUCAAUUUGACUGUGGUAUUGGAGCAACAACCACCCGAAAUUGUGAAAACAGAAACAAAUUUUUCGUCAAAAAUUCGCAUAUUGCUGACAUUGAACAAAUUGGACAUCAGUGCUUUGUUCGUCACGAUUCAUCACAAUAUCACUCCCCAUUUCCAGAAUGAGGAAUGUGCCGGCAAAAUGAAAAAUAUACCAAAAUUUGAAUUCGAAAUAAAUGAACAUGACGUAUAUUCCAAAUAUGAUAAGUUAAAAGUGUGUGAAGGUUUAGAACGAAUUCGAGAUAAAGGGAGCGUUAUUGAAAAUAGAUAUGUCUUAAAGUAUUGCCUUAAUUUGAGAAUCUUUAAAAUAAAAUACACCGCUUCAAUAAUUUCGCGGUCCAUUUUCGUAAUUGUACAUAAAAAUCAAGAGGCAAUGGCCAACGCUGCCAAUAUAUGGGACAAACAUUUUUCAGAUAUCGAUCGAAUUAAAAACCAAUCAGUUCCUUGGUCCAAGAUGUGUGUUGUCUUAAAAAUAUUUUUUAAAAAUAUAACCGGCUGCGAAUUGAAUGAUGGCCAUUUGUAUGCUUUACAUGCGAAGACUUCGCAAGACAAAAUUAUCGACGGUGAAAAUUUUCUUUGGAAACCAUCUUGUAAAUCAAGAUACAAAAAUAUCGUUAAAGCAAACAACAUUUUUUCAUUUUGGGAAUGGUUCUACGAAAUCAUGAAAAUUGUACGAGAUCACAUCAAACCUUUAUGGGAAAAAGGUCUCGUCCAUGGAUUUGUGAACGAAACAGCCUUGAAUCAACUUCUCGACUACCGCAUUGGUACUUUUUUGCUGCGGUUUUCGGAUAGUGUGCCUGGCGCAAUAACAAUCAUUGGGGUCGAAUGCAAUCCAGAAAAUGGCAUGAAACAAAUCUAUCGAGUCGGACCAAUUUUAAUCGAAAAUUUUGCAACAAAAAAUCAUUCAAAAGGCAAUUUUGAACAUAUUCCAUUCACUGAUAUUAUUCGCAGUCUAGAACUAUGCACAUAUCUAUGUGAUGGCACUCCGAAAGAUCAAGCUUUUCAUAGUUUCUAUGAAAAAUCGAAUACCAGAAAAGAUGUGAACACUGAGAAAUAUAAAUUUUUAAAAUUAUUUUAUGGAACGGAAGAUACACAAACUCUUGUUCAAAAUACUCCGGUCGCAACUUACUCCCAAAAUCCAUCUGGUUUGAAUGGGUUUCGAAGUUAUAUGUUCACCUCUCCAACCCUACAACAUUCACCGACUCAGUCAAUAAGUUUCGGUUCAUCGUAUUCAAUCACGCCAACUUCACCAGUGCAAAGCCCAUUAAGUGUCACUAAUUUCGUUGAAAUGCUGAAUAAUGGCGGAGUAUAUUAUGACACAGAUGACUCGUUGUGUAGAAACGGUGAGGAUUCGAUCAUGAAAGAUGUAACAAAUUCAAACGGUAUGGAGAGUACUACGGUACCCACAUUUUCUGUUAGUUUUAGUAGCAAAUGUCACUUCAAGCAAUUAUUCAAUUCGUAUGCUGACGAAGGAAAUUAUAAUUGGCAAACCAGCUAUGGAAACGAUCAAAACCAUUUUUGAGCUCGAAGAAAAAUUAGUUAUUUGGACAACGUUCGCAGCAUUUGUUGCCAUUUAACAAUUUACGAUCUUUAUUUUAAGAUAAUAUAAACUGAUUUUUUUGAUAUUUUUA